AUGGACGUCGUGAUUCGUAUCAAGCAAAGCAGUACAUCAGAAGCUCGAUGCCGACUGUCAAGUCGCAGUAAGCGACGAUUGGGCUGGUGCUGGGACGCUCGAUGGGUUGAGGCUGGCGAGGUACCGAUGAUUAUCUAUGAUGGGGAGAAAUACGCGUGCGUGUCGUGCAUUCGGGGCCAUCGGUCUUCCACUUGUCGACAUACGAGCAGGAUGCUGGUGAAGGUGCGUAGUCGCGGCAGACAUGCGUCUCUGGACAUUAGGAAGGUGAUUAUUGUGGACACGGAGUCGCAGGUUACGCCCGAUGACAACCAACAGGGAGGCGACAGCAGCGAAAGCUGCGACGGGGCCAAGGAAUGCGACAAGAUGAACAAACAGCCGAUUCUGUUCCUGCGAACGAUUCGAAUGCAAAAGGCCGUGCUGAUAGACGGUAAGCUGAAGAUUAUAGUGGAGGAAAACGGUUCCGGGAAUGAUGAUGAGGGAAAGCCGUCUUACAAGUACGUCUCCGAGAAGGAGUUUCUGAGACAGUGUUCUAUCAAUCUGAGCAGCGCCGGGGAGGGAUGCCGGUGUUCAUGCAAGGAAUCGCAGGCGAACGGCAUUAAAACAGAGAACAAGCAGGAGGUGAACAAGGCGCUGCGUGCCGGACAUCCGGCGGAACUGCCGGCCCAGAGUCCAGAUGCAGCGCAGAACGUUAGCCAGACGGCAGUUUCCGAUCUUUCCUCUCAGAGCUUCUUCAAGGCGAAACCGAUGUUUGAGUUGCUUACUCAUAGGGGCCUCUACCUGAGCACUCAAUGCUCCUGCAAAGAGGGCAACUGUCCGUGUGCCACCUGCCUAUUGCACAGAAACGAGGAUGAGCUGAACUCUUACAUUCAACGAAGUGGUGUGCCGCUCACCAAUAUGGGGGAGGCCCCGGUGGCGCAUCAGACGAGCGUUUCCUGCCCGAAUAGCUGUAACUGUUCAGCAGAGGAAUGCCAGUGUCAGGACUGCCUGGAGCAUCCUACAGAAAUAAUUUCAUUCAAUCGAUUUGUCUUUUUCGGCAUCCUCAAUGUCAAUCUGAAGAGGAAAACUAUAAUAAACUACAAGGGCCGACUAAUACCUUCGCAGUUCUGGUGGGAUUUCCUGAAACAUCAGGUGCCACUGAUGUCCGAGAAUCAAUUGGACAACCUGGAGAUCAAUAGCUGGUUCGAUAAAAUCGUGACCACUUACGAUUCGCAAUUGAUUGAUACCCGUAAUCUUCACUUCGACUUCGCCAACCCAAUGUUUGGCGCCUAG